GGGCGCUCUGAGCUCAAUGUUUGCAACAUGCUACCAUGGAAAUGAAAAGCAGAAGAAGAUCAUUCAGCGAGCUGGGCCAGAUGCUGGAGUGUAGACUGCUUUGAUCACUGUAUCCAGGCAGUAAUGUCUGGCUAUUUGCGUUCAGGGCUUCUCCUUUACACUGGUGGAAGGCAUCUGAGCAGUUUCUUUGCACCCAGCCACUGUGUUAUACCAGAUACUCUGUGGAAAACCUGCCCGCUCCCUUAUCAAGCCCGGAACUUCUCCUCCCGUCGUGGUCGAUCAGAUGGAAGCUCAGGACAGGAUGGCGAAAACACACUGCGUGCUCCAAGACGUGAAAUGGACUUCCAGCUGAGCCGGCUGCAGAUCAAUGCAGUUCUGUGUGCUAAUGAGCAAUCGGUUAGCAUUCCAGAGUUUGAUGGCCGUGGUGGUCCCAGUCCAGUGCUCAGGUUUGAAAGCAACCAGCUUUCAGCCAACACUCCACUAGAGGACCGACGCAGCAGCACAAGCUGCCUCCAGACCCGUGGCAUGCUUUUUGGCAUAUUCGAUGGACACGGUGGACAUGCAUGCGCUCAAGUGGUCAGCGAGCGUCUGCCUUAUUACAUAGCUGUAUCGAUGAUGUCAGAGUCUGUCCUGGAGGAUCUAGAGGCUGCCAUGGAGACCCUACGACCUGUGCCGCCCAUUCUACAGUGGUACAAGCACCAUAACGACUACAACUACAGGGAAUCAGCAGCCCUCUACAUUGAUCAUUUGCGUGUUUACUGGCAGGAGCUUCUGGCGAGUGAAGAACACGGUGAUGGCAUGCGUCCGGCAGAUGCUCUCAGCUAUGCGUUCCAGCGACUGGACACAGAUCUUUCUCUUGAGGCACAGGUGCCGCUUGCAAAUGACCUGAUGCGGAACACGGCCAUCCAGGCCGCCUUCGCUGGCUGCACGGCUUGUGUGGCUUACAUUGGACCACAAGGUGUGCAUGUUGCAAAUGCAGGAGACUGUCGGGCAGUUUUGGGUGUCCAGGAGCAUGAUGGGAGCUGGAGUGCUUUGCCGCUCACGCAAGACCACAACGCUGCCAAUGUAGCCGAGGUGGAGAGGGUAAUGCAGCAGCACCCAGCUAGUGAACGGCCAACCAUAAUCGUAGACGACAGGCUGCUUGGGGUCCUGAUGCCGUUGCGCGCGUUUGGAGACGUUCGAUUCAAAUGGCGUCGUGAGCUCCAGCAGAGUGUUCUAGAGAAUGGAGACUCUGAUUUAGAAGCACUAAAUCUUUACCAAUACGCUCCACCUAAUUAUCUCACCCCACCUUAUUUAGAGGCCACACCAGAAGUCACCUACCACCGGCUUGGACCGCAGGACCGGUUUUUGAUUUUGGCCUCUGAUGGCCUCUGGGACGAGAUGACCAAUGAUGAGGCGGUGAGGCUUGUGGCAGAGCAUCUGACUGGUAUUCAUCUGCAAGCUCCUGUUUCAGCCAGUAAGCUCAACUUAGGACAAAUGCACCAGCUGCUGCUGCAACGACGGGCCAGAGCAACACCUGCUUUGGAUUUGAAUGGAGCCACGCAUUUGAUUCGUCAUGCACUGGGCACAAAUGAGUAUGGAGAGAUGGACCAGGAGAGACUGGCAACCAUGCUGGCUCUGCCUAGUGAUUUAGCACGCAUGUACCGAGAUGACAUCACUGUCACAGUGAUUUAUUUUAACCAGAACUUUAGCAAAACUACUAACCAAUAAAGAACAAAUUUUUUAAAGGUUCAUAUAUCAGAUUAUAUUUGAAGGAUUGUUUUCAGCUUUUAAUUUUUCAAUACUUUUUUAAAAUGCGUUUUUCUUGUUCCUUAUUGUCUUUUAUAUUGUUGUGUACACUUAAAAAUGCCUACAGCUGACUUUAAUUUGGGUUUGCAAGCGAUGCUUGCAUUUCAUUUAGGAAAAUGUGAAUGGAAACAAUGAGUAGAAUUCAUAAUAGGUAAAGUCUUAUUAUGUUCGUGUAGUUCUUUCAGCAGCAGAUACAACUAACAUGCAAAUCAAAAAGCAUCUCUAUAAUUAAGGCCAGUUAUUUUUUCAGCUUCUUGCAAAUACCUUGCACCUUUUACUUCUCUGGUGGCUAAAGAACUGUUCUUGUGCUUUAGCCAUUUUGUUGAAAUGAGUGUGCGUUUUUUAUUUUGUUUACAUCACUAAGAUUAUAAUAAGGAUAAAGAUUCUACUUCUAAUUUAUUCUGUAUAUGUUCCAUAAGACCUAAACUUUACUUGCAUUAAAUUUAAUUUGUUGUGCAGCCUGGGAUUUUCAUGAAUGUAACACUUUGCACUUUGUAGCGACUGCAGGUGUGUCAAACUGCUACGGUGAGUUACAAAAAUACUUAUCAAUGAUUAAACUGAUAUUAUUUGCAGUGCAAAGUAUGAAGGUCAUAGGGACCAAUUUUAUUGAAGGCUGUAUUAUAAAUUGCAUUUUAUAUUAACGUUACAUCAACUCGCAAGUACAUUUCGAAAUAAUUUAGCUUUGUCAAAAUUGUUCUGUAUGUGGAUUUAUGAAGUAAAACUGGUGCAGCCC